AUGGGGAGACAUUCAUGCUGUUACAAACAGAAGCUGAGAAAAGGACUCUGGUCUCCUGAAGAAGAUGAGAAGCUUCUUAGGUACAUCACUAAGUACGGCCAUGGCUGCUGGAGCUCUGUCCCUAAACAAGCUGGUUUGCAGAGAUGUGGAAAAAGCUGUAGAUUAAGAUGGAUAAAUUAUCUAAGACCAGAUUUGAAGAGAGGAGCAUUUUCACAGGAUGAAGAAAAUCUCAUUAUUGAACUCCAUGCCGUUCUUGGCAACAGGUGGUCUCAGAUUGCUGCACAGCUUCCAGGUAGAACCGACAAUGAAAUCAAGAAUCUGUGGAAUUCUUGCUUGAAGAAGAAAUUGAGGCUGAGAGGAAUUGACCCGGUUACACACAAGCUCUUAACCGAGAUCGAAACGGAUACAGAUGACAAAACCAAACCAGUUGAGAAGAGUCAACAGACCUACCUUGUUGAGACAGAAGGCUCCUCUAGUACCACCACUGGCAGUGCUAACCAAAACAGCAACACCACCGAUCAUCUUUAUACCGGAAAUUUCGGUUUUCAACGGUUGAGUAUAGAAACCGGUUCAAGAAUACAGACCGGUUCUGACAUCGGCAUGUGGAUUCCCCAAACCGGAAGAAAUCAUCAUCAUCUGGGUAUCAGCGAUGAAACCGUCCCUAGUGCGGUGGUGAUACCCGGUUCAAUGUUCUCUUCGGGUUUAAACGGUUCAACAACCGGUUACAGAUCUUCCAAUCUCGGUUUAAUCGAAUUGGAAAACUCAUUCUCUACCGGGCCAAUGAUUAGCGACCACCAACUUCAAGAGAGUAACUACAACAAUUCGACAUUCUUUGGAACUGGGAAUAUGAAUUGGGGAUUAACAGUGGAGGAAAAUCCAUUCACAGUAUCGAAUAAUUCUUUACAGAAUCAUUUAAAUACUUCGUUGUACAGUGAAAUCAAAUCAGAGACCAAUUUUUUCGGUACAGAGGCUACAAAUGUUGGUAUGUGGCCAUGUAACCAGCUUCAGCCUCAGCAACAUGCGUAUGGCCAUAUAUAA